AUGUUCAUGCCCGAGGAGGAGGUGGAGUGUUCCCAAGAUGGACCCUGGCCCGCCUUGACCGUGAUAUGGCAGAGGACAUACAGACCAAUCGUCCUGAUUGAUGAGGUGAGCAAGAUGCUGGAGAGAAUUUUGGCCUCUCGGAUAAACCAACAUCUUGCUCAACGGGGCCCCGACAUCUCGGAGCACCAGUAUGGGUUCAGGGCCGGCAAAUCAACUAUAGACGCUGUGGGUGCUCACAGAGCCUUCUGUAAGUUUGCAAAGAAGAGGGGUGAGGGGGUGCUGGCGGUGUCACUAGAUAUCGACAAUGCUUUUGGCACCCUCCCAUUUAGCGUGUAG